AUGGGUAAACAAGGACCUUGCCAUCACUGUGGAGUUACAAGCACACCACUUUGGCGUAAUGGACCACCAGAGAAGCCAAUACUGUGCAAUGCUUGCGGUUCUCGGUGGAGGACAAAGGGAACACUUGCAAAUUAUACGCCUUUACAUGCUCGAGCUGAAACUGAUGAUUUUGAUGAUCAAAGGCAUUCCAGGGUUAAGAUCAUAUCAUUAAACAAGAAAAAGGAAAUGAAAUUGCUCAAACGGAAGCCGAACCAUGAUAAUGUGGUAUCUGGUGGAAUUGCAUCCGAUUACAACCAUGGAUUCCAGAAGGCUGGUGAUGAAGAUAUGAGCAACCGAUCAAGUUCAGGAUCAGCCUUGUCUAACUCAGGAAGCUGUGCACAAUUUGGCGGAACAGAUGCUAGUGAUCUGACAGGACCUGCUCAGUCAGUGACAUGGGAUGCCACAGUGCCUUCAAAAAAGAGGACAUGUGUUGGUCGUACAAACCAUUCUUCUGUCGAGGAGUUCACAAAAGAGUUGUGCUCUAUUCUUCAUGAACAACAAUCAUAUUUUUCUGCAUCUUCUGAAGACGAUCUUCUUUACGAAAAUGAAGCGCCAAUGGUCUCUGUCGAGAUAGGACAUGGAAGUAUACUCAUUAGGCAUCCUAGCUAUGUAGCUCGCGAUGAAGAGUCUGAGGCUAGCUCUCUUUCAUUUGAUAAUAGACAAUACCCAAUGAGUGACAGAUAUUCUUAUUCUGGCGCUGUCCCUAUGCAUAAUGGUUCCAGUCGCACAAACUUCUCAUCUCAGGGAGCUGAAAAGGUAAGGAACUCAGUUUUCCAAGGAAUGAAGCAGGAGCAACUUAAAAGUGACAAGUCUCAGCUUGAAAGAGCACAAAUCCUUGGAAAUCAUGAUUCACCCCUGUCCUCAAUAGAUUUAAAUGAUGUUGUAAACUAUGAAGAGUUUUUGGGAAUCUUGACAAAUGAAGAACAGCAGCAAUUACUGAAGUUUCUUCCUGUGGUCGAUACUGCUAAACUUCCUGAUAGCCUUAAGAUCAUGUUCGAGAGCUCUCAAUUCAAGGAGAACUUAACUUAUUUUCAGCAGCUUCUUGCUGAAGGUGUCUUUGAUAUCUCUUUGUCGGGGGCAAAACCUGAAGAUUGCAUGACUUUGAUAAGAUAUGCACUAUCUAAUCUAUCAAAGUCAAAAUGGGCCGAACACUACCAUCAUAUCAAGAGAUGUAAAAGUCGAGCUGAAAAAUCUGAUACUUUGGGAUCUGCUGGUAUAGCGUCGACCAAUGUUGCAAACAUGAAAAGAAUGCGUGAUAGCAGAAAUCAGAACUUUCCAGCGGUAAAGACAAUAAUGAGGAGCCCCAAAAGAAUGAUCACGAAGUCUGGUUAUGAAGGCAAACUUAAAGAUUCUGGCAGUUGCUAUAAUCCAAAAAGCCUAUUUCCUUUGCCUCCUGAUGCUAGCUCAAACUUGCUAGAUUCUUUUAACUUUGCGGAGGACAGUUCGGAUCAGGAUCUGCUUCUAGAAGUGCCUUCUAAUAAUUCUUUUCCACAGGCAGAGCUAUUGCAUCCAAAUUCGAGCUUUGUUGCUCAAGCAAGCACUAGCAGUAGCUCAGCUUAUUCACAUCUUGUGAAACAUUAA